CGGAGCCCGGGGCCCGCCAUGGGCCGCCGGGAGCGGGGCGCGCUCCGGCCGCUGCUGCUCCUGCUCCUCCUGGUGCUGCAGCAUCUCGCGGCGGCGGCGGAUCCGGCGCGCGGCGGCCAAGGGCCGGUCAAGGAGUGUGAAAAGGACCAGUUCCGGUGUCGGAACGAGCGCUGCAUCCCCUUGGUGUGGAGAUGUGACGAGGACGACGACUGCUCGGACAACAGCGACGAGGACGACUGCCCCAAGAAGACGUGUGCGGACAGCGACUUCACCUGCGGCAACGGCCACUGCAUCCCUGAGCGGUGGAAGUGUGAUGGUGAGGAGGAGUGUCCCGACGGCUCCGACGAGUCUGAGGCCACCUGCACCCAGCAAGUGUGUCCUGCAGAGAAGCUGAGCUGUGGACCCACCAGCCACAAGUGUGUGCCUGCCUCGUGGCGCUGCGACGGAGAGAAGGACUGUGAGGGUGGAGCAGACGAGGCCGGCUGUGCUACCUUGUGCGCCCCGCACGAGUUCCAGUGCAGAAACCGCACGUGCCUGGCCGCCGUGUUCGUGUGCGACGGCGACGAUGACUGCGGGGACGGCAGCGACGAGCGCGGCUGCGCGGACCCAGCCUGCGGGCCCCGGGAGUUCCGCUGCGGCGGCGGCGGCGGCGCCUGCAUCCCCGCGCGCUGGGUCUGCGACAGCCAGUUCGACUGUGAGGACCGCUCGGACGAGGCGGCCGAGCUCUGCGGCCGAGCAGGCCUGGGGACCACGCCGGCGCCCGCAGCCUGCACCCCCAGCACCCAGUUCACCUGCCGCAGCGGCGAGUGCAUACACCUGGGCUGGCGCUGCGACGGCGACCGCGACUGCAAGGACAAGUCGGACGAGGCCGACUGCCCAGUGCUGGGGACCUGCCGUGGAGAGGAGUUCCAGUGUGGGGAUGGGACUUGUGUCCUUGCAAUCAAACGCUGCAACCAGGAACGGGACUGCCCAGACGGGAGCGACGAAGCCGGCUGCCUGCAGGAGUCCACUUGUGAGGGUCCCCGCAGAUUUCAGUGUAAGAGUGGCGAGUGCGUGGACGGCGGGAAAGUGUGUGAUGCUCAAAAGGACUGCCAGGACUGGUCAGAUGAGCUUCUGAAAGAGUGUGUUGCACCAACAUUCCGGGGAAACAGAAGGAGGCCCAGGGGACUGAAUGAGUGUCUGCACAACAAUGGCGGCUGUUCCCACAUCUGCACUGACCUCAAGAAGGGCUUUGAGUGCUCGUGCCCGGCAGGCCUCCGUCUUCUGGAUCAGAAGACCUGUGUUGACAUAGACGAGUGUGAGGACCCAGACGCUUGCAGCCAGAUCUGUGUAAAUUACAAAGGGUACUUUAAGUGCGAGUGCCACCCUGGCUACGAGGUGGACACACUGACCGAGAGCUGCAAGGCUGUGGCUGGCAAGAGCCCAUCCCUAAUCUUUACCAACCGGCACGAGGUACGGAGGAUAGACCUGGUGAAGCGGGAUUACUCACGCCUCAUCCCUAUGCUCAAGAAUGUUGUGGCACUGGAUGUGGAGGUUGCCACCAAUCGCAUCUACUGGUGUGACCUCUCCUACCGCAAGAUCUACAGCGCCAACAUGGACAAGGCCAGCGACCCAGCAGACCAGGAGGUCCUCAUUGAUGAGCAGCUGCACUCUCCAGAGGGCCUGGCAGUGGACUGGGUCCACAAACAUAUCUACUGGACAGACUCGGGUAAUAAGACCAUCUCAGUGGCCACACUUGAUGGUCACCGCCGAUGCACUCUCUUCAGCCGUGACCUCAGUGAACCCCGGGCUAUUGCUGUUGACCCCCUGCGAGGGUUCAUGUAUUGGUCUGACUGGGGGUACCAGGCCAAGAUCGAGAAGUCUGGGCUCAACGGUGUGGACCGGCAAACACUGGUGUCAGACAAUAUUGAAUGGCCCAACGGAAUUGCCCUGGAUUUGCUGAACCAGCGUUUGUACUGGGUGGACUCCAAGCUACACGAGCUGUCCAGCAUUGACUUCAGUGGCGGCAACAGAAAGAUGCUGAUUUUUUCCCCUGAUUUCCUGAGCCACCCUUUUGGGAUAGCUGUGUUUGAGGACAAGGUAUUCUGGACAGACCUGGAGAAUGAGGCCAUUUUCAGUGCAAAUCGGCUUAAUGGACUAGAAAUCUCCAUCCUAGCUGAGAACCUGAAUAACCCACAUGACAUUGUCAUCUUCCAUGAGCUGAAGCAGCCAAGAGCUGAAGAUGCCUGUGAGCUGAAUGCCCAGCCCAAUGGAGGCUGUGAAUACCUGUGCCUUCCUGCUCCUCAGAUAUCCAGCCACUCUCCCAAGUACACAUGUGCCUGUCCUGACACGAUGUGGCUGGGCCCAGACACGAAGAGGUGCUACCGAGCACCUCCAUCUACCUCAACUACGACUUUAGCUUCUACUACGACAAGGACAGCAGCUGCCACCACGAGAGUCCCUGGAACCACUGUCCCCAGCUCCACCUACCAGAACCACACCACAGAGACACCAAGCCUGACAGCUGCAGUCCCAAGCUCAGCUAGUGUCCCCAGGGCUCCCAGCAUCAGCCCGUCUACCCUAAGCCCUGCAACCAGCAACCACUCCCAGCACUAUGGAAAUGAAGGUGGCAAGAUGGGCUCAACCGUCACUGCUGCUGUCAUUGGGAUCAUUGUGCCCAUAGCGGUAAUAGCGCUGCUGUGCUUGAGUGGCUACCUGAUCUGGAGAAACUGGAAGCGGAAGAACACCAAGAGCAUGAAUUUUGACAACCCAGUCUAUAGGAAAACAACAGAAGAAGAAGAUGAAGAUGAGCUCCAUAUAGGGAGGACUACUCAGAUUGGCCAUGUCUACCCUGCAGCAAUCAGAAGCUUUGAUCGCCCACUGUGGGCAGAGCCCUGUCUUGGGGAGACCAGAGAACUGGAAGACCCAGCCCCUGCCCUCAAGGAGCUUUUUGUCUUGCCGGGGGAACCAAAGUCACAGCUGCACCAACUCCCGAAGAACCCUCUUUCCGAGCUGCCUGUCGUCAAGUGCAAGCGAGUGGCAUUAAGCCUUGAAGAUGAUGGACUGCCCUGAAGAUGGGACCUCCCCCUUCGUGCCUCCUGGAGUUCAGUCCCAUGCACUGCUCUCUCUGGAUGAUGUAUGACUGGAUGGAUGGGUUUCUAUGUAUGGGUCUGUGUGAGUGAGUAUGUAUGCGUGUGUAACUUUUUAAAAAUUUAUGUUGCGGAAAGGUAACCACAAAGUUAUUACGAACUGCAAACAUCCAAAGGAUGUGAGAGUUUUUAUACGUAUAAUGUUUUAUACACUAUUAAGGGUUGCACUACCCAUGAGGAAUUCAUGGAAUGGCUACUGCUGAGUGACUAACAUGAUGUAUAUAACCAAACGGGGGCCAAUGGUACAGUACCUUACUCAUCCUUUAAAUACUAUAUUUACAGAGGAUGUUUGAUUUGGGGGGCUUUUUUAGGUUUUGGGGUUUUGUUUUUGUAAAUAAAAUGAUUAUGCUUUGUGGCUAUCCAUCAACAUAAGAAAAAAAAAACUUCAACUCUGUCCCCCAUUUAGAUUAUUUAUUAACAUAUUUCAAAAAUAAGAUUAGUUUAUAAAUAAUUUAGAGAAGUGAAAGUAUUUAUUUUUGGUAUGCUUGGCCCAUCAUGCAGACUCUAUAUGUGUGUUUAUGUGUGUAUGUGUGUGAGAGAGAAAAACCUGUGGAGAAGAGGCACAUCUAUGGCUACUAUUCAAAUACAUAAAUUUAUUUUAAAACUGUCCACAAGAAGGGUACCUGCAGUUUUCAGAGAAACCUUUGGAAGUGACUCAGAAAACUGAUAACCAACCAUGGUUUGUGCAAACGUGUAGUGGAAGAGGCAGAUCUUUUCACCUGUGGCUGCUGUGACUCCCACCUGGGCUUUCUUUUUUGUGGCUAAGGUCAAUGUACAGAUGCUGUAUUACACAGUGCUAGAAGUUCUAAUCAGUUCAAAAGGCAACACACCUGCUUGCUUGUCAGAACAAACAAAUCCUUGUUUUAAAGUUCAUCUCUUGAGUAACUUCUUUAAUUUCCAUCAGGAUGCUGGGGUUGAAUCCAGUAAGCUUCCUCUGAAGCACCCUGAAGCAUGCCAUCCUUACAGAGCUAAGUGGAGAUGUUUCUAGACCAGUCCAGGUUUGCUGUACAGACUGGCUCAGAUGUCAAAUCUCUGAGACAUGCUGUGGAUGAGGAUAAAGAUGGUGGAACAGAUUUUAUUACACCUCCAUUUCUCUCUUCCCCUCAGUCUCUAUCAUUUCUUUUAGGUGGGGGAAGAAUUUUAAAGUUAAGAAAUAGGUUUCUUACUAUCAUAUGUUCAUAGAAAAAGUAAAUUUUGGCUUAAGUCAGAACAAGUGACCAAACCUGAAAUUAUAUUUGAGGGGAAAUGGCAUAUGCAAUAUUACAGCAUAUUGGAUAAAUACGUUCACACAGGGAUUUUACUGGUUUAUAAAUAAAAGGAAAACUCUGGGUAUAUGUAUAGAUUGUUUUUUUCAUUAUGGACAGACACUUUCUUAGCUUUUCCUUGGCCUUGGGUGAGGUGAGGAGAAGUGCUAUUUUCUAUCUGUGGGGUCUACAAUUGGAUAAAUAAUCCUACAGUCCCAGAAGGAAUUCAGUCGCACUGGCUUUCUCAUCCAAAAUGUGCUCUUUCUUUUAACUGCUGUUCUGCCACUUCAUUCCUGCUAAACCAGGCACCCGUACAACAUGGAUGUGCUUGGCUUAAGUAGGAGCAGACGACCUGUAUCUAACCUUAACAUACCUGGAACUUGACAAACUUAGGCAAUGUCUCCCUACUCCUACCCUCCAGCACCCCCAACUCUGAAGCUUGGAUGUCUCACCAGCAUUUUGAAUUUCUGAGCGGAUAAUCUGGAGCUCUAUCUUCCUGUUCCUAGGACCUUUCUCUACGUCAAUGAUGGUCUCCUAACCUCUAAGAAAAUAACCAUGUUCCAGAAUGUCCAGGGCACUAUGCUUUACAACUUUCUCAUGAUAUCCACGUGUUGAUGGUCCUGAGAGAUUAAGAGGCUAAAUGCAAUUGACCUGGACCCAUACCAAACAAAAUUUUAAGAACAGGUGGCCAACUCCUAUGGAGCUUAAUCACCACUAUUCUUUCAAGAAUGGAAAGUAAAAUUAUUUUUGACAAGAAAAGUGAUGAAAGUGAAACACUGAAAUUUACAUAAGACAAAUGACUUUUUCUGUAAUAUGCCUCCAAAGAAACUGAAUUUCCAAAGGAAAUUAAAUAACUGGCUAAUGCACACUUUUAAAAUUUUCAAUCAGAUCCUGUUCUUCACAGAAAAACAAAAGAUAAUAAGGUCAGAACUUACAGUCGGAGACCUCAAAAUGAUGAAAUUCACAAUUCUCUCAGAGACAUUCCUAUUUCCUGAAUAUGCUACAACUGCAGUUUGAAAGAGGCAGCUAUGGGAGAAACCUACAAGAAACAAAUGGAGAAAUACAUGUUGGAUGGCAGUAAAUUAGAUGAAAUCGGAGGAGUCAGAUCUACUUUCCUCCUAUUCUUGGAGGCUUUUUGAGCCUUGUUUGAGAUAUAGUUUUCAUUUCUGUUGCUUUCCCCCUCUCCCAUGCAUUUGUAUUUACAGACAACAACAGAUCAUGAAGCCAUUGGACUAUAGAGCUGGAAGCUAAGAUAUAAUACCAAGAGGGCAGUAGACAGUAUUUCCUUUAUUUAUAAAAAAAGAAGUUAGCCUAGUCCUUUUCCUCCCUUUCCUUCUCCAGGACAACUUUGGGGUCCCUGAACAUUGUUUCAAACCUGCUUCCAAUCCUGCAGCUUUCUGGUAGGAUUUGUUGAGGCACUGGUAGAAAAGGCCUUCCAUAAACAGGGAAAACCAAAACUUUAUUUACUCUUGAUAGCGUGAUUACAUUUAAAACAGACUGAAGUAACUGUAACCUCAGCUGGCAAAAAGGAAAUAAGAUAGGAUUUAAAUUUAUGGCAAUAAGUACUAGCUAUCCCUUCAGUUAUCUCUAUGUGAUUGCAGUACAUUAUAUUCAUUCCCUAAAACCAUUUAUUAGCUGCCAACAGUGUACCAGGCACUGCAGAUGUCAGUUUAAAUGUUUCCUGUCCUUACAGAUCUCACAGUAAUGGUAGAGGAAGACAUCUGUGGAUACAAAAAAAGGAGUAAAUUCCAUGUAGAGUAACAUUAGGGAACAAAGUGGGGAAAGAGGGUCAUUAUACCUGAGGACAGGAAGAAUAGGGUCAUUAUAGAAGAAGUGACCUUACGCUAAGUCUUAAAAAUUAAGGGCUGUCUAGGCUGCUUCUGGCAGAGGAAACACUGAGCUUUGAGGCAUGAACCAGCAUGGGAACAUUAAGGAACUGCAUGUAGUUCAUUGUAAGUGGAAUGAAAGACUCAAAUAGACUUAGUAAGAAAUGAGGCUGAAUGGAAAAACAGGUUCAACAUAAGCACUUUAUAAAAUACUUAUAUUUAAUGUUUGAUUUAAUUAAGCAAACAUUCCUUGGUCAUUUAUUUUGUACAGGGCACUAAGUGGAACUUAGGAUGUGUUGCCAGUGCUUUGCAGAUAUAACAUUAUUCAGCCUCAAGCUUUCCAGUGGCCACAGGGAAAUGUUGGUUGUUUUUCAUAUGAGUCGGAGAUUUCUGAUACAGUUAAUAAAAACGAAUAAAAGGGCAGUGAGAUUUUCACAGAAGCAUGCCAUGUUAAGAUCCUCUUAGAUUUUCUUAACUGUGAGAAAGGAAACUGGAAAUUUGAACGACAUGGUCUGGAGAGGGGAUCCCAAUCAUUGUACAAUCCGGCACUAGUGGGAAUGGGGAAAGGGCCAUUUGGAUCCCCUAGGAAUGUGAACCCCACCCCCCCAGCUCCAACCACAUACUCAUCAUUUCACAGAAUAUAAGUGAGGGCCAGGCAUUUAACUCAGUGGUUCUGGUGCCUGCCUCGAAAGCGCAAGGUCCCGAGUUCGAUCCCUAGUACCAAAAAUAGAAAAAUAAAUAAAUGAGUUAGCAGUUUAAAAUUUCAGAAUAAUUUUCUUUCCAUAAAUGCAUGAGGAUAAGGCAUCAAGAAUCUUCUCAUAAUAUAUUUUUAGAGAAUUUUCAGGAUAUGAAGAUUUUAGAAGGUAGAGGAAUUACAGCUUCAAAUUUUCAGUUAACAUUAAAAAUCAGGAAACUUCACUCAGGCUGUGCACCGUGUGCAUGGUCAAGAAUCAGCAGAAACCCUCUGUAUUUGCAAACACUUUGUGCUAUAAAAAGUAAUUUUAAAAAACCCCACCUGUAUAAAUAUAUAUAUAUAUAUUUAAAGACAAGGUUUUGAUACUUUUUUACAAAAAUUACAAGAUAAAACAACUGUACAGAUCAUGUGCUUUUAAAAUAGCAUUCUGUUCUAUAGAAGCUUGUUAAUUUGAGGGUUAAGUACUGGUUUGUAAACUCCAUCAUAUUGUAUACAAAUGGAUUUUCCUUGUUUGUCUCCAGCACAACCCCAAAUUACUGUAUUUGAUGUAACAAUCGGGCAUGGUAGAACAUUCAGUCACACUAAACCGUUUCUGCUUUGUCUUGUCAUUUGGAGUUCCGUUAGCUUCUGUACUGGUGCCCGGGGUAGUCUGACUUCUCUUCCAGAGGCAGAGGGACGGGAGGUGGUGUGCUGCAUCUCACUAGCUGUACUGACAUCAUCUUGGUGAACUGAAAACCAAAUGUAGACAUCUUUAAAAUCAGUACAAUGUUUCUAGAAAGAAAUUAAAUCCAUUUUUAAAAAUC